AUGAGCCUGACAGCCAAAGUGGCUACCAUAAUCCUCUCCAACCGCGCGGCGCCCACGCCUUCGAGGGUUCGCACGCGUGGUGUCGACUACCGUGCCCACGCGCGGGAGGUUGAGAUGGACGACGAUGAAGAUGCCGACGCGCCGGUAGCCGAGGAGCUCGACGCUGACGCCGACAUGCUGCUUGGGCCGGACGCGGAGCCCGACGACGAGGGCUCUGAUGCGGACGCGGAAGGCGAGGACGAUGAUGAGAGCGAAUUUGUUGGCGCCGUGAAGACUAGGUCGGCGAGAGCGAGGAACGUGCUAGAGGACGAGGAGUCGGCAGUCGAGGAUCCAGACCACGACGGUGACUCUGACGAUUCGUCUCAAGCGGAAGACGACUGGGAGGCUGCCGAUGAUGCUGAAGAAGACCAGAAAGUCUCUCAUAUCGAUGCGAAUCGUUGCGUAUUUUGCCACCAGAGCGAGGACAAGGACCCAAGUCCAGAAUAUGAAGAGUAUCUGGCGUGUUCAGUGUGUGGUGAUAAUGCCCACCGGCAAUGUGCCAGAAGUGCAGGCUCGCUAGCUUCCGACGAAGAUGCAUCUCACUGGCGUUGUCAAGACUGCGUGGCUAAUGGCCUGGAGGAAGAGCUUAAAGAUGUUCCACAGAUGCUAUCCGAUCGUCGACGCUCUUCUGCACCGAAGAUGGCACGGGACUUGUUGCCGGCCGUUCGAGGAGGCAUCAAGCCCGGUUCGCAUUCUGUUUUCAACACUCUCAUCCUGCCGGAUGAUGAACUGGACGGAUCGAGAUCGCUUAGAAAGCGCAAGACCCCUUCAGAAGACAUUGAUGAGCCGCCGAGACCCGCUGUGCGGAAACGCAUAAAGACCAGUCCAAACGACGAGGAUCACCACUCUCACCCGCCCGAAGACGAGGAACCGGGAGGCGGCGACGAAGAUGAACUAGCCGCCAAUGCCACAUUGGAGCCAAAUUCACACCCGUGUCCUAGGGGCGAUGCUGAUAAUGGGAGCGCAGACCCUGAAUCGCCCAAGUCCCGCUCUGGUCGACCACAACGACACUACAAAAAUCGAAAACGUGGGGCAUGGAUUGUCUCGCGGUCGGAGGAGCCAAAGAGUAUCAUCAUGGCGUUCUCGGUGACAAUUGCACAAUGGGAUCAGAUCGAACGCGAUGUGGUGAAGAAGCAGAAACGAAGAGAGCGUGACCGACUACGCCGUGCACGCAACAGCCGCCGGACCAUUACCGCCGAGCCUGAGGACACUCUUGUCCCCUUCCCCACUGUUCAGACCACCAUGUACACCAGCCCUUACUACCCGUUCCGCGACAAGGAGCCAGACGAGUCGAAGCAGAAGCCAUAUGGCGGUAUACUGACCGAUGCAGAAGCAGACACCUCGCGGACAUUCCCAAACGAUGCCGAUAUUCAGGCCUUCAAGAAUGCCCAAGAGAAGUCCAAACGAGAGUGGCAGGAAAAAGUCGACAAGAUGGCAGAUCCUCCCGUGAGAGCAAAGCAAGCCAGCCAAGCGAGCAAGAUCAAGUGCAUCAAUUUCGGCCAUUACGAGAUCGACACCUGGCAUGCUGCGCCAUACCCUGAGGAGUACAGCCGCAACAAGCACUUGUACAUUUGUGAAUUCUGUCUCAAGUACAUGAGCUCAGACUAUGUCGCGUGGCGGCACAAACUGAAAUGCGCUGCCAAACAUCCACCUGGGGAUGAAAUAUACCGUCAGGUAGUCACAAAUCCAGAUUCAGGUUCCGAAACGACCAUAUCAUUCUUCGAAGUCGAUGGACGCCGGAACCCCUUGUAUUGCCAGAAUCUCUGCUUGCUGGCGAAGUUGUUCCWCGGCUCGAAGACGCUCUACUACGAUGUAGAGCCGUUUCUGUUUUACAUCAUGACUGAGAAUGAUGAUUUUGGGUGCCACUUUGUCGGCUACUUCUCAAAGGAGAAGCGCGGUUGCGGUCCAGCGCCAUCCAUGGACCCUCACACUUCUUUCGACGAGGCACAAGUCGCACAGGGAGCCGGCGCCGCAGAUGCGAACCUUGAAGGCACUGCACAGGAUCCUGCUAUCGUUAAUCCCGGCAACAAUGUGUCGUGCAUUCUGGUGCUUCCAAUACACAUGCGACGUGGAUUUGGAAGGGUCUUGAUCGAGUUUUCCUACCUUUUGACGAUGGUGGAGGGCCGCACRGGCUCGCCUGAGAAGCCUUUGUCUGACAUGGGUCUCGUCUCCUAUCGCUCUUACUGGCGGACGGUUCUUUGUAAGCUUCUGCUGCGCUACGAAGGCAAGGAGACGUCUUCAAGCGAGCCAGCGAAACCUGUCUCCAUCAUUCAGAUUGCAAAGGAGACUGGUAUGACACCGGACGACAUCGUCUCUACUCUGGAAGCUCUCCGCUUCCUGGUCCGAGAUCCCGUCACGAAGUCGUAUGCUAUUCGAGUCGACUAUGACUACAUGAAGGAGUACGUCGACAAGCACGAGAAGAAGGCCACCAUAAAAAUUAAUCCGGAUUGUCUGCGAUGGACACCGUACGUGAUGGGCAGGCCGACCAAUCUCUUUGCUAUGGGCGAGGAAAGCGCUCAACCGGUGCAAACAGUCGCACAGAGGGUUGAACCACCUGAGCUUCCCGAAGAGCCCGAGGAGGGCGUGCAACAAACAUUAAAAUCCCAACAGCAGUCGGGUAUCACCUUGCAGAAGCAGGACAGUGGUGGAGGCAGCGAGAUUGGCGUCACUGGGCUUCCUCCAGCGCCUCUACAGUUGCUUAACGGCACAUCGAUUUCAAAGUCGCCAAAGAGCCGUAAAAAGACCCCACCGCCGUCACUCGAUUUGAGCGCGCAACCAGCGCGGCAGCCUGACGACACCACCACAGGUGGCUCACCAAGCCGCCGAUACUCGCCCCGCAAGACACCAAAUCAUGGCAUUCCACAAACAGCUUUUGCUGACUCUGCGGAAGCGAGUCCUGCAUCGUUUCAAACGACUUCUGCCAACGGCUCUGGUUCGGGAUCCCACCCCAGCCCAGCGGGUUCAAUCCCGCCGACCCGGUAUGAAGUGUUCCCGCCAGUUCCCGGCGGAGCCGCGAAGAAGCGUGGCAGGCCGGUAGGCAGAAGAAGCACAAACAACACUCCGGCACGAAGGUCAGCAGCCACGGGUAGGACUUCAAGGAGACAUGUUCCAGCGUUCGGUAGUCCCAGCCGCAAUACUCCCCGUGCUGCCAGUGGUCAAAGAAGGACCAGAAGCGCGCUAUCGGAGUUCGCUUUAAGUGCUACCGCUCCUGAAGAAGACACCAGAGCUGAUGAAGAAGAAGAAGAAGAAGCCGUGGUCACGGACAACGACGAUGAGGCUGACGCCCCGGGCGAAGUCGACGAAGAAAUCAUGUACGAGUAG